AUGCUUUUUCUAUGUUUUAAAAUAAAUAAUGCAUUUUUAAAAAUAAUAAAAUUAUUAUUUUUUUAUUUAUUUAUAUAUGAGAAAAUAAAACUCAUUACCAGUGUAUAUACUCUAGAAAUAAAGAAUAUUGUGAAUAGAAAUGUGGAAGAUAACUCUUUGAUUAAACACCUUUUUUCUAUGCAGAAUAAUAAUAAAAUAAGUGAAAUUUUUAAAAAAAGGAGAAAGAAAGGGAAAAUAAAAGAAUUUUAUAUUAAAAAUUACGUAAUAGAAAAAAAACUUAAAAAGAAAUAUAUUCUAAAUGGAAAUAAAAAAGUAAAAAGGAAAUAUCCUGUAGAGGAUAAUUAUAAAAAAAUGAUAUAUAAAGUUUUCAUGAUAAACGAAAAUUAUAAAAGUAUAUUUGAUAAAAUAAAUAGUAGUAUAACAGAAAAUAAGAUAAAUGAUAAAAUCUAUUAUCAGAGUUAUGAACGAAAUUCGUUUUUAGAAAUCAGUAAUAAUCAAAUUGAUAUUCCAGUUGAUCUUCCUUAUUUUGAAAAAGAAGUAAGGAAGCUCAUUUGCAUAUUAAAUUUUAAAGAAUUUCAACUGAAUAUAACAUUUGUCGAUUCAAAAGAAAUGAAAAAAAUUAAUAAGAAACACAGAAAUAGAAAUGAACCUACUGAUGUUAUAUCUUUACUACAUUUCGUGAGUAAUAAGUCAAAUGAUUUAAAUGAUGAAUUAGUAAAUAAUGAAAUUCUAGAUAAACAAUAUUUAAAAUCUGGAGAUAUUUAUUUGUGCCCUGACUACAUAAACAGAGAAUGUUUUUUAUCGAAAGUAAAAUAUGAAAAUAGAAUUCUUGAUAAAAAUAAAUUGAAAAAAGAAGAUAAUAACGAUGAAGAAGAAAAUAUUCGGGGUGUUAACAAACUUUUUCAGAACGUUUUCAGUGUGAACGAAAGAUUGCCUUUUUAUGUUUUACAUGGUUUAGUACACUUAAUGAAUAAAGAUCAUGAAAAAGAUUUAGAAGAAUAUAAUGAUUUUAUGAAUAUUGAAGAAGAUGCCAUCGAAAAAUAUAUGAAUUUUCAUCAUUACACACAAACAUUUUAUAGUCAUUACAUAAUUGGCUUUGGUACGGAUAUACUAAGUGUUUCAAGAGUGCAUAGUAUUAUUCUUAAGAAAAAUAAAAAUAAUUUCAUAAAUAAAGUUUUGAAUUCAUUAGAAUUAAAGGAAUUAAGAGAAAAUAUUGGAAUUGACAAAAAUAUUAAAAAAUUGGCAAUGUAUAUAAGUAAAAAAUUUGCUGCAAAAGAAGCCAUACUUAAAUCUAUUGGGAGAGGUUUAAGUUCUAUAUCUAAAUAUGGAUUAAGUAUGAAUGAUAUAGAAAUAAGAAAUGAUAAGUAUGGAAAACCUGAUGUUUAUUUAUAUAACAAAGCGAAAAAGGUUGCAGAUGAAAUGGGCAUUGUGAAAAUAUUUUUAUCAAUAAGUGAUGAAAAAAUUAUAAGUACUAAUAAUUUUAACUGUAACAUUACUUCUAACAAUAAUAGUUCUUAUUUAAUUCAUGCUCAGGCACUUGCUGUUGGUUCUAACGUAUAA